CCAUCCCUGCAGCGAGGAGCCUGUGGACCUCGCCUCUCCCUGAAGGCACAAUGAGCCGGAUCUCGGGGCUCGUGCCUUCCCGCUUCCUGACUCUGCUGGCCCAUCUGGUGGUGGUCAUCACCUUGUUCUGGUCCCGGGACAGCAACGUCCAGGCCUGCCUGCCCCUCAGGUUCACCCGCGAGGAGUACGAGAAGCGGGACUUGGAGCUGCUGGCCGCCCUCUCGGUCACGCUGGGCCUCUUCGCGGUGGAGCUGGCCGGUUUCCUCUCAGGAGUCUCCAUGUUCAACAGCACCCAGAGCCUCAUCUCCGUCGGCGCGCACUGCAGUGCGUCUGUAGCACUGUCCUUCUUCAUUUUCGAGCGUUGGGAGUGCACCACGUACUGGUACAUUUUUGUGUUCUGCAGUGCACUCCCAGCUGUCACCGAAGUGGCAUUAUUCAUCGCUGUGUUUGGGCUGAAAAAGAAACCUUUCUGAUCUCUAUCGCUUUCAUUGCAAGACCGCAGAGGAAAGGGCUGGAUGAGCAAGAAACUUACCGUUCCAGGAAGAAAGGAGGUAUCGAGCCCCCAAAACUGUCUGUCUGGCGGCGGAUGUCAGUGUUAGGAUAAUUUUCUCCCAGGUUGGGAUUAUCAGCGUUUGAGUCAGUGCUUUGUAAUAAAUAAAAUGUAUUUUGUAGUAAGAUCCAGAUUUAUAGUUUUCAGGAAGCAGUUGGGGUGGCCAAACUACUGAAGAGCCUGCUUUCCUGCCCAUGAAAUAACGGGUAUCGCUUCUAUUUUGGUUAUUACGGUAGAGCGCUGACGGGGCGGGGAUAUGCAAAUAAAACAGUGCGCAGGCUUGGAAGUUGC